GCUGCCGUCGCUGCUGUGCCCGCUCCUGAACCGGCGGCUACGUGUGACGCUGCCGCUGCGAGCCGCCGCCGAGUAUUGACCGCGCCAAGCCGAGACCGUCAGCUCUGCUUCGGGCUGGCAGUCCGCGCGCCCCUGUGUGUCUGUUGUGCCGAGGAUUCAGAGCGGCUCGGGAGAUCUCGCGGUGCUUCCGUCUCAUUUCUAGUUACAAGAACGGAUACUUUCAGUGGCGCCGAUCGACUUUCCGAGCAAGCGGCAGCCACGUUGCGCGUUGUUUCUGUGAAGGAUUUGCCAUUCGACACUCGCGUCACAAGACUGGGCACCUCGUCUCGAAGCGGUCCCGCCUGCGACAUACCACCUCAGGCGCCGUGCAGAACGCCGCUUUCUGUUCAGCGCCUUGCUACUUCCGCCAAGCCCGGAUUUGUCAAGCCAGCAUCGCAGCAAGUGGCUUCACCUCACAGCCAAGGCGUCCGUAACGACGCCUCCGGCAGGCUACCGCUCCUGGCCGCCGUGUCUUGUUGCGGCCCGGUAACAACAAAGCGAUGCCUUGUUCUCGCGCCAGUUUGCAUUCGGAAAGCGUGAACUGACGGUGGCUGGGGAGUUACGCGGGCAACGAUCUACAGCGGUAACUGUUUUUCAAAGGGGAUCUGCGGUUCUCGUCCCUUUGUUCGUGGUGCCCGUUCGGCUGCUACCGCGCGCUGUUAGUGGGAUUGAGAGUCGGCGUGGUGUUCUGCUGGCUUCGUCGCAGGGAUUUUGUGAGAUUUCGCCGCGUCUUUCUGGAUUGCACACCCAUGUUUUGUGGAUACGACGUGUUCGCUCCCGGAUACAUCUCUCUGCGCUGCAGGCGGCGAUUCUCCGACUUCGGCGUCUGAUGGAUAUACGCUAGGAAGCCGGAGCCCUCUCGGACCAGGCGGGUCCUGGCAGCAUGUCGUUCGAGUCCCCGCGGUUCCCGGAGCCCCCGGAUGAAGGCGGAGGCCUGGGCGACACCGCUAACGACGACGACGAAGACCCUCUAGCCUCGUCCGAUUGCGGGGCCGACGUCGGGCCCGGCUGCUUCCCGCGGCCCCCGGAGUUCGGCGUGCCGCCGCCCCCGUUGCCGCCGGGCCUGUGCUCGUCAGUGGCCUCCGGCCGACGCGCGGGCGCCUCUUCGUCCCCUGCCGACGAGCUGCAGUUCUGCGAGGUUCGGCCCGUGGGCGCCGAGCUGACCACACCCUCGGCCUUCCCCUCGCUGCCCGUGAUCGCCGUCUGCUCCUCGGUCGUCCUCGUCGCCGUCCUCGUCGCUUCGUUCCUCCUCUGGAAACACAAGAAGAAGGUGCAGAACUUCCUGCCCUGCAAGAGCCCCCACCAGGGCGUGCCGUGCGACCUGAGUGCGGCCAAUGGUGCGGCCUACAGCGACAUCCUGCUCAACCACCACCACCCGACCAGGCUGCCCGCACACCUAGUGCACGGAACCGACACGCACACGCUCACGCCUAUCGAGUUGCUGGACGUCAAGUACGGCAGCUACGGCGCCCCGCACCUCGCCCCGCUGACGCAGACCAACUACACGUUCCGGCCGGCCAGCCUGCGGCCGCAGGACCACCCGCAGCCGCACCGCACGCCGCAGCACGCCACCUUGCACGGACACCACGCAGGGUCGACCGGUAGCGGCCGCCGGUCAGCGCCGGGCACAUCUCAGCGCUCGUCGCACAAGGCACCCAACAGCCGCACGGGCACGACGUCGUCGCGUCGCUCGCACCGCGGGGCGAACAGCGAGCAGUUCAACCCCAUCUACGAGGAGGUGUCGGGUCGCUCCAAGUCCAGAAGGGGGGGCUACCGUCACCACGACAGCGAGGACAGCGAAGAGGACGAAGCGAGGAGCCUUGGCAGCGAGGACGAGUUCGCCGAGGACGAGCUCAGCUUGGGCGAGUACCCGAGGCCGCCCGAGUCGGCCAGCAGCAGCCUGCAGGGCUCCACGGGCGGUGACCUGUGCCCGCCGGACGCCGAGCCGAGGGCCAGCAGCAACCGGCGGCUGAGGGCCAGGGGCGCAGCCAAGCACAGCCACUCGCUGGAGCGAAACCGCAACAAUGCGAGCGGACUGCAGGCGAAGCACAACUACUACCUGAGCAAGUCGGCGUUGGCCUUUGACCAGCGCAACCCGGGGCCGUACAGCUCGGUGGAUUUGAUGCAACACCCGCACCAGGACAGCUCGCCUCCCGAGCCGGCUCCCGGUGCCAUCGCCAACUCCAGCUUCGGCCUGCCACCGCCUGCAGCGUCGCAGGCAGGGUUUAUGAUGGGGCCCGACUGCCAGUACCCGGCGGCGCCCAACGCACCCUUCUCGACGUUCCUUCUGCAGCCGUGCGGCGCCGUCCAGGGGGACAACGCGGCCGAAGGAGACGCCGAGAACAUCUACGCGUCCAUCGACGAUGACGACGCCUCGGCGACGGGACCGUACACCAUCGGCGGUGGGUCGGCUGCUGUCGCAAAGCCCGGACAAGGUGCUCGGACAGUGGCAGCAUCGGCCAAGGAGGCUUCGGUGGUUCCGUCAUACGGUGACAUUAGGCCCGUGUUUCCGACUGACCAGAGUGGUCGGACUCUGUGCACGUGAUUUGCGCGUCGUCAAAAUGUGCGUGCUCGACCACCUGCGUACCAAGACGCUUCCGUUGGCUGCGUUGACAUUGUAGGCGAAGCGGGGGGCUUGCUUGCUUCGAGCUCGGGGGCGUGCUCGAGCAAUGGGGGCGCUUCUUCUAGCCACCGCGUUCCUUUUUACUUGUUUGUUCUCCUGGCCAAGCAUAAGCUACGGGAUGUUUACACAACGGGCAAGUUAGUCCCCCCCCCCCCUUUUUUUUUUUAAAUCAUUAGCGUUAUGUGCCAGUCUGUGCAUAGGCAGGCAAUACGCCGUUCUAUCACCUCAUUUGUCGAUUGAAACGCCCCGCAAACAAGUCCACUUGUCCUCGAAGCAUCGAAAGCGGUACCAUCCUAGUCGUCGAACUGUUUCUCAGAACGAGAGAGUCGUCUUUCGAUUUUUCCCCUCCACCUGCCUUCUUCUCAUCGAACGCCACGUGCCGGCGUAGUCCUUCCGAGUCAAGCCGGCGAGACGUGCACGCUCUGCGCAGCGCAGCUUCUUCGCAAUAAUCACUCCCUCGAGCGAAGCACGGACGCCACGCAAUAUGCGCACUCCCCGUCGGUGUUGAGGGGGCGAAGGACGCCUCCUCCGCGUCUGUCCCGACCCCACGGUAGCGCGGCUUUUAGCCGUGCAGUCUUAGGACGAGCUGUCGGUGCAAACUCCUUCUCACGAUUGUGACCAAGUAUUGCACCUUCGGCGUACUCUAGUAGUAGUAACGUAUUCAGAUAAUUUAAAUAUCUUACAGAAACUAUGCAGCGAAUGAGUGUGCGUGUAUACGGUUGUGUUGCACCUUAGAGAGUUGCAAGCAGGGGUGUCGCUCCUGUCAAAAGGUUCGUUCGGAAGGCGUCUUCGUUCCGCAACUUCUGCCUUGCAAGUUUUGCCUUGCAAGCGACGUUCACUGAACCGAGGGAGCUAACAAUAGCGACAGAGAGCGCUCUGUCGAGCACAGAUGGGAGCAUAUCAACGUUUCUAAGUUUUUUUUAUAUAGAUUAUUCCAUAUUACGUCACGAUGGGCGCAUGCUGAUUCCCUAGAAGCAUUGCAGAGAGUUGAUGCGCAAGGUCUAACUUGCUGUCAUCACGAAGAGUGUCGGAGCUAAUCCGCGAGUGAAGUGAUCUUUCGCCGGACCCUUUUGCAGAGCUCCUGUAAAACGCUUGGCGCUCCACUGCGCACAAUAUCGAAGUUAAUUUUCCCCAGAUUCCGGCCGCCUGAAUGCAUUUGAUUCUGUAGCGACGAAAUUUCUGGGCAUGGCGCCGACGACUGAUUAAGCAUCUUCUAAGCAUUUGGCAUAAUGUGUGCCGAGAAGCUACGCUACGCGAAUUUGUUUGCUUGCUUCAACGUGAUAGGAUCCCAAAACUUUUACAGCCACGCGCAAUAGGUGCGUUGGCGCCACAUUAUUUUUCAUUUCAACCGUGCGCAAGUGCUCACUCUUGCAGAGCCAUGACGCAGCCACUUGGAGCUACGUAUUUAGUGUUGGAAAUCCUAGUUGGCGAAAUGUCCACACGUUAGCGGAUAUACCCGAAUCAUUAGAUGGAAUGUUUACGGUAACUUUCAGGUGCUAUGGUGUUUUGCUGACUGCACGUAUGUACCGAAGGCUGCUGUGAGCCUCUUGCUAGUUUACCAGACGUCAGUACCCAAUUACCGGUUUUGCUAAAAUAUUUCAAGCGGGCUCCUAACCAAUCGCAUACCACGGGCAGUCACUAUAGCUCAUAGCCAAGGAACUUGGUUGCUAGUUGAAAGUAAAGGGUCCUUCUUAAAAUGGCCGACUGGCUCUUGAGAAGUGUUGCGAGCAGAUAGCUGAACCCCACCCCCUCUUUGCAGACGCAGCCCAGCGUGUUCCAAAUUGAGCGGCGUUGGUGUGCCCCCCUCGAGUGCUCCGCAGUGAGCGCAGUCGAUGCAGUUAAUGUUUCUAUCGCGGCGGGGAAUGACCUAUUGCCUGUUUAGUAUGCAAGAUGUGCGUUAACGACCCCAAGGAACCGGCGGAGGAUGCGAUGGAAAUGGGUUAAGCGCACUCUUCGCCGGGCUGUUGUUCUCGUCUGCAGUAACGAGGCCCGUACGUGACGCUUAAUUGCUUCUCGCCGUAUUUCUUCCCGCGUUCCUCUCUGCCGGGAGAGGUUGAAGCAACCCUUGUGAUACUGUCGACAACCUUCGCUUGCGCGAGGGUCUCGCACGCCAUUGCCGAAACCUGUGUUGUGGUUGGAUCUUGCGUCCUUGCUCGCCUCGUUCUAAAAUCACAUUACGGCGAGGUAAUCAGGAGCUCUCGAGAAAGGAAUGCGCGGGCUUGCUUGUCCCCCAUCUCCUUAAAACACAUUUGUACUUUCCAGUGUCGCGUGACAAGAAAGCUUACUGAAUAUAUCUCAAGGUGGGGGUCAGCGAGGUUUGCCGCUAUUUUGAAAUUUCUACUCGACAGUUAACAAAUGGUAUCAUGUCCUUUCGGUCUUGUGGCAAAACUCGUCCGUUCGCGCAUUUUCUCGUUGCACAGAUACAACGACAACGUGUUGUUUUCCGUAAUGAGUAUAUCCGUGCCCGCAAUAUGUGUAAAGAGCUGAACAGAAGAAACAGAGCAAAGCAGAGGCGUGUUCGACCCGGAGGAAACCCUUGCAGUUUUGUAGUGCUCAAGUGUGGAUGAAUGUGAGUGGCCAGACACCUCGUCACAGCAGUCGUGCUCGCGGUGUUAGCUUAGAACCAAUUGCGUCAUGAGUGCGUGCGCGUCGGCUUACGAGUCGACAAGUCCCUGUUAAUUUAAAUUCCAGCUCUCGGAUGUCUUGUCAAGCCGCGUGCGUAUUGCAGGACUAUUUUAUGUUUCGAGUAUUUAAAUCUGUCUGUGGCCCCAUAUUUGUUUACGACUGUAAGAGUGACCAAUUUUUCCGCCACAUGAGCAAAACCGUAGUGCGGUUCAAAUGUUCGCUUUCUACCUGCCGCAGACAGGUUUUUAGAAAAAUGUCCAGUAUAUUUGUUCUGAAUAUGAUUUGACGGUCCCGCGUGACGUGGUCGUGUGAUCUCAGUGCGUGCCAUUACCGGUCUGUCCGCCGUAACGUGAGAGACGACUGCCCCAACAACAGGUUUUAAGCGUUUCAUUUACGACGUCGUCGGAGCGUAAGAGUAACGCGCCGUAAAAAAGCGCAUCUGACUUUUUUUGCGUGCAACAGUUUCUUGAGUUCUUUCAUUAGGAUCUCUAUUGCUGCAGAACAAAAGUUGUGCACGUUUAUGUGCAUCCGUCUAGCAGCGAACGAUAAUUUGCUUGAUUGUUAUAAUUCUGUGUUCAAUCAGCGGCACGAUCAAUAAACGUGCGGCAUUUAUGGUACUUGCAUUUUCGAGGUUUCUCUAAAUUUGUCGCCGCAAUACCACUUCGGUCUGAGACUAGCGGUGCGCUUGCCGCCUUCAUUUCUGUGAGCGGUCAUAACUUUAGGCAUCUGUGACCCGCGUUCCGGGAAGAUCGUGCAAGCGGAGCCGGAGCCAAGGGCCUGCGUGUUCGCUCAGUGAGGCGAAUCAUUUAUCACGGAGCAAUACCGAACGCUUUGUUUCAAAGUAGGCGUAUCUUUUAUUUUGCGUAAAAGUGCUAAAAUAUCCUCUAAGGAAGGCGAAACAAAAACAAGAAAGCCUUCCUGGCGUGCAUGUUGUUCCUGAUAUUGCCUUCGUUUGCGAACUAGAAGGGCGCGCCAACUGCAAGAUACGUCACAGUGAGGGCGGCGCGAAGGCUCUAGUCAUUAGUGGAAUUCUUUUUGCGCCUCCGUUUCGAAGCUGUGGCAUUACGUUGCGCUCAGUGGUUGAGCCGAGGCUGUGUCGCAGUCAAAGCUGCCGCGCAUGUGCAGUCGCACGAAUCAAACUAUUCUUAAAGAAAUGUCCCGCACCGCGUUUCAUUCGCGGUGCAUGGAAACACCAGGAUGCCCUACCGAUGUUUAGAGCAGUUUUAAUGGUCCGCCGACGAAGUUCUGUGGAGUGCUUCGGCGCGGGCCUGUGCUGGUUUGUCGGUGUGAAACUUCACGUCUGUGACGACUGUAAACUAUUAGAAGACUGCCGCGCAACGUAAAGCCACGUAUUUGUUUAACAUGAUUUACUUGGAGCUUCCGGUUACUGCGGCACUCGGCACGGCGUCCCUCGAAGCGAACGCUGUCUGCGCCGAGCCACGCAGUGCGUACGAGGAAGACGCACGAGACGGUGCGGGAACCAGCUACUUUAUUUAUUAUGACGAUAACCAUUAGCAUGUGCGGACCGGCCAACUGGACGAAUAUGUGUAGCGUGGAAUUUCUUGUGCUGCUUCUCGUUCAGUCAUUGCUCGGAACCGAUUCUCGGCGCUUUGCGUUGUGUCCUUGGCAAGAACUGAUCAUAAGCACGGGAGCAGGCCUGUCCCAUGACGCCUGGUCACGUCACAGUUCUCGCUGUCUGAAAGGUUCACGAACCUGGCUGCUCUAAUGCUAUGCAGGUCGCAUUCUGAGAUGUCGACUUCCUUCGACGUUGUGGUGGGCCUGGUGUCUGUCUAAUAUGAUGUGACCAAAACUGAUCCGCCUAUAGCUCCACUGAGUACCGAAACCUGGGAACACGUAGAGUUGAUGCGGUGGCAAAUGAAUGUCGGUGUUCUCGUGGUCGAAAUAGAUCGCGAGAGCAGACAUAACAGCAUCUCACGCUAUGCAGCGCUAUCCCACUUCGUGACAACGGAGCUCUGUAAACCCAACGGGCUUGCACGGCCUCCCAUGUAGCCGCGCGCCGUUGUCGCUUCGAGGGGCAGGGUUUUUUGGAAGCCCUGCCUCUGGCGCACUGCGAAGGUAAUCGCUUGCGGUGCAAGUUGCUGCACGAGUGUGGCCCAUUGCGCAAAAAGAUCUGGCGUCAAAUUUGUGGCUUCUCAAGAGCGCGCUUUCAAAUUCUCCGCUAUGAUCGGCUUAUACCGAAGCGACAGUGAGCGCCAGCGGGCGCCUGCAUUCCCCCCGCCCAGAACCCGGCGGUGACCAAGCACUUGUUCUUUGAUCAUCGCAUUUGUUGGUGGAAAUGUAUAUACUUCGUUCCAUGCAUAGCAGUCGACGCUCUGGAGGCUGGAGAGACUUCUUGCAGCGGCUUCAUUCCCACUCGGAUGUAGUUCGAUGUUUUUGGACCGCAAUGGGGUGCAACUUUUUUUUUUUUUAUGUAGGCUCAGUAUUGAAUGAAAAAAAGAUUAAUUCCCUAAAAACAAACACACUGUGGUAUACGGCUGCUAAGGCCUCUUUCUAGAUAAUUUUUUUAUUUUUGUUGUUUCUUUCGUCGUUUCUUUAACCCAUCGCGAGGAUCCUCGCGUGCAUGCCCGCGCAAGCGAACGCUGUUUCAGGGCGCAGCGAAGCACAGACGGAACGCGCGGAGUUGCAUAACUUGACCGAACUUCUCGCGUAGCUUCCACAGCGUUGACUGCUAUGUAUGGAACAGAGUAUGGUGGACGUCCGUGUGACGUGCUUGUGCACUGUGUUGAAAAUAUGGGUAGAAACGCCGUAGUAUCAAAAUAUCGCCUCGUUGCGGCAUCGCGCCGGAUGUAACUUGAUAUGAAAUUUAGAGCAUCGCCGGAAGUCGUCAUUCCAGAAUGCGAACCCUGUUAUAUCUUAGUAGAAGAAAGCGCCAACGAUAUAUUCUGGCUUUUACGUUGCUGUUUCGCUCAUCUAUAUGGUUUCAUGCAUCUUGAUUCGCCUCCCAACCUUCAAGUGUUCUGGUUAACGUGCCAUCUGUGUUGCUUUGACGUUUUGUGUAUAAUUUUAUUGACACUUGAACUGUGGACGCCGUAGAUGCUACUUGGUUUAUUUUGUGUUUCUUCGAGAGCGAGCCAGUGAUUUGUGUACACCUUCCGUGGGUGAUGUGCGUGUGUUGAGUGGCUGCUUGUGCGCGUGCCUGAAUCCCUUUUCGGAAGCGGCUGAGUGGAUGGCGAAGACCACGACGAAUGAAAAAAGGACAAACAAAAAUGAAAGAUGUCACGCUCUGUGUUGUUUCUCAUUUCGGUAUCCUUACCUCAACUUUUUCUUGUUUCAAGUGACAACGUUUCCCUUCGUUCUUCUGUACAUAUGCGUGACAGCGAUGGAUUACGAGACGAAAAUAUUAAAGAAAAAACGUCAUCUCAAUUA